UGCAAGAAGUUUUUCGACCUACCCCUCGCAGUAAAGAACUUGGUUCACAUCCCGCCCGACGCGUCCAAGCACUUUGAAGGCUGGACGGCCGUAGGUGACGCCUUUUCCUCCCAGGGCAUCUGGGACCCCGAGGAUAUCGAGAGGCUGCGCAAGGAGAAGCCGACGGAGCUCAAGGAGGCCAUCGAGAUCCGAGACCCGUGCGGGAAGUAUCCCCCAGGCGGACCGGACCUCAACGUCUUGGAGGAGCACCUCCCCGGCUACGUCGACUUCCUCAAGAAGUGGUUCGCGGCCUGCUUCAAGCAGUCCCUCGAGAACAUGCGCCUCGUGUGUGAGAUGCUCGGCAUCGAGGACGUCGACUACAUCGGGAAGACGUUCGAGCCCCGCCACAUGUGCACACACUCGACCUGGAACUACUUCCUAGGCAUGCCGCUCUCGCCGCUCACCAGCGGAUCGGCGAACCGGCUAAACGAGCACACCGACUACGGCCAGUUUACCAUGCUCUUCCAGGACAUGGAGGGUGGUCUCGAGAUCCACGACUACGAGGCCAACAUCUACCGGCCCGUGCCUCCCAUAAAAGGCGCCAUGAUCGUGCAGGUGGGCGACCUGCUCGAGAAGCAGACCAACGGCAGGUGGAGAAGCGCUCUCCACCGCGUCACCGCACCGAGCCGGUACAUGUACGGCGGAGAAGGGAGCCCGGCAGCAGAGGACGCGCUAGUCAGGCGCCACUCGCUCGUCUUCUUCGGCCAUCUGAACCUUGACCGUAUCAUCGAGCCUCUGCCGGGCUGCGAGAAGCAAGGCAAGUUUAACACGUUCGAGUGGAAGAAUCGUGUAACGGCCAGGGAGUGGAUGGCCCGCCGCGUCGAGCUGGAGUAUGAACGCAAGAACAUGUAG